AUUUACAGCAUCACUAUUUUUGUUAGAACAAAAGAAAGAACAAAAAGUAAAGAAUUAAUUCAGUGUUAAAAGUGAUCUCAACCAGACAACAUCGUCUGCGUCGGUGUUUUUUAAAGUUUUUUUUUUUGCAAAUUUAACGGUAAACGUUUAUAAAAAAGUGUGUGUGCAACGUACUAAGUAAAAAAAAUAUUUGUGUUGUUGUUUGUUGCUGUUUUCAUAGCAAGACGUGUGUGUGUACUACACAUAUAUUCGACAAGACGCGGCAGGUGGUUUUGGUGUGUAUUAUGUUGAACAUGCUAUACCAAAAGACAUUGUUUAUAAAUGUACAUAUGAAAAUUGCUUCCAAAAUUUUUCCGUUAAAGAUUCCUUUAAAACACACGUAUCGAGACAUUUUCGAAAUGCUGAAAAAGAAAGUAAAAUUGUACCUGAAAGACAUUAUGAACAAUGCCCUGCGACGGAUACUGAAAAUAACUACAUUUCAAAUAGCUACAAUUACCAAGAAAAUAUGUUAAGUGUUUAUAACUCUGCUGCCAAAUUCGUUGCAAAACUUCAUUCAUUCAAUAAUUUGUCACGUUCAGACGUAAAUAAUAUACGAUAUUUUGUCGAAACUUUGAUUUUAAAUCCCGUGGUUCAAUUUAUUGAACAAUCCCAAAAUCCUUACAACAAUUCCAAUAAAAGUCUAAUAAAUGUUUUAAAAGAUGUUACAAUGUUGUUUGAAGGUGUUAAUACCGAAUCGAAAUUAAAUAAAGUUUUACAAGAAAGAGAUCUUAUUGGAAAUGUUCAUUCGUUUCAAAUUAAUAAUAACGCAAAAUCGAAUGGAAUAGUAAUGCCAUUAGAAUUCCAAUUCAAAAAAAUUUUUGAGCACGAUGACUUUAUAGAUAAAGUUUUAGAACAUAUGGAAUUUAUUCAAAGUAAUGACAAAUUCAUAAAUUAUAUUCAAGGGCCUUUGUGGAGACAGAAGAAAAGUUUAUACCCCCAUGAAAUUGUUAUUCCUUUUUAUCUGUACGCAGAUGAUUUCGGCAUCAAUAAUCCCCUUGGGUCAAAAUCUAAUAAGAACUCUAUUUGCAAUUUCUAUUAUAGUUUCGCAUGUAUUCCAAAAAAGUCAUCAAAAUUGGACGACAUUUAUUUAGCUUCGACGGUUAAAUCUUCCGACGUAAAGACUUAUGGAAAUGAUUGUUUUAAGCCUUUAGUUGAUACUCUAGUAAAAUUAGAAAAGGAAGGAAUUUUAAUUAAAACUAAAAAUGGUACAAAAAAAAUUCAUUUUGUUAUGGCAUUAUUUCUGGGGGAUAAUUUAGGGUUAAAUUGUAUACUCGGCUUUUCAAAAUCCUUCUCAGCUAAUUACUAUUGCAGAUUUUGCUUGAUUAAAAAAUCCGAAGCUCAAGUAGAAUCAACUGAAAGGAAUAAUAUCUUAAGAAAUAGAAUUAAUUAUAGAGAGUCGCUUGAACAGGGGUUAAUGGCUGAAACGGGAGUGAGUACUACAUGUAUUUUCAAUGAUAUACCAUCGUUUCACUGUGUUGAAAACUACUCAGUGGAUAUCAUGCAUGAUAUUUUUGAGGGCGUUUGUCAUUAUGUAAUUUGCGAGGCCUUGUUGUAUUUUAUCAAAACAAUGAAAUAUUUUAGUUUAAAUGAUUUAAAUGAAAGACUUAAAUCGUUUAAAUAUUACCAGCAUGACCGAGGAAAUGAAAAAUACUCUAUAACUUUUCAAGAGUUAGAUAAUCAUAAAUUAAAAAUGUCAGCGCACCAAAUGAUGUGCUUUUAUCAGUACUUUACAGUUAUGCUUGGUGAAUUCAUUAUGAACCAGGACCCAGUGUGGAUCUUCAUUUUAGAUUUUUUUGAAAUUAUUGAUGAAAUAUUGUGUUAUGAUGUAUCACAAUCACUUAUAAAUCGGUUAAAAGUAAAAAUACAAAAUUUUAAUAAAAACUAUCAAUUAAUAUUCAAACAACAUCUAACGCCUAAGUUCCAUAAUUUAUUUCCUCCCCAACUCAAAAUAAGCACAGAUGAAAAUGGAGCAAAAUAUAAGAAAAAGUUUACCAUAGCUGAUUCGCAAGAAUCAUUCGCUGUUGUUGCCAGUACAAUGGAUGAAUUAGAGACAAAACUAAAAUUAUUAAAAUUACAAGGCCGAAAAAUUCAACCAAAGUUACUUGUGAUUGGGGAUACGUUGAAAGUAAAACAAAUUUUUGUAUAUUUUGAUAAUUUAAGGUAUCCUUUUGUUUCAACCCUUAAAGCAUUUGAUGUUCUAUUUAAAAUCUUUUUUGUUUUUAACCUGGAAUAUCCCAGUGAGUCCGAAAUUUUUUACCACUUUAUUCAAUCCCUUUUCUAUGAUUUGCCUACAAGCAAAAAAUUUAUUAAAUCAAAUAUAAUUAAACAUGAGAUACUUAAGAUGAAAAAUUAGUAUUUGUAUUUAUAUACUAUUUAUAAUUAAUUUUCUUUUAAAACAUUUACUUAAUAUUAGUAAUGUAUAUAAAAAAUAUAAAAAUAUUUAAUUUCUUCUUCUAAAAUAGAUUUAUAAAUAUAUA